AUGCCGGUUUUGUCGUUAUUGUUGCACGCUUUACGCACUUAUCUAACGGGAAAUUUUCAUAGUACUGAAUUCGCCUACAUCGCAUAUCCUUUCGGUCGCAUAUAUAAACUACUGGGUUUCGCACCGAUUCAACUGAGACGCGGUGACAUUUUGCGUAAUUGUGGAGGCGAUCAGUUGCAGUGGGAUAACAAAGCCUGGGCGUGGACGUGUUUUAAUAUCAUUAUUUAUACAACUGGUUUCUCCUUCGGCAUCUACAAUCUUUAUACGAAGUCCUACAACCGCGGCGAUGGCAUCGCAAAUAUAACCAGUUGGGCACAGCUUUUUACGCUCUUCAUACUCGGCCUUAUGGCCUGGGUAAGCUCGUGGACGCACAUGGACGAACAGUGCCAACUGUAUGCGCUCAUCUGCAAAAUUGAUCAGCAACUUCGUAAAGUCGCCGAAAUCGAAUUCGACUACAAACUACUACGCAAACAACUGUUCUAUCAAUUGGGUGUAGAACUACUAAUCGCGUUUCUAUUAUCAAUGGUGAAUUGUUUAAUCAUACAACCGAAGGGGACCAGCUUCCUACCUGUCACAACCUGCUAUUGGUUCAUCUGCUUUGCGCCCAUCUGUCUGAUCGUCUUCAAGCAGUUUCAAUUCUACAAUCAAAUGCACAUUUUGAAAUCGAAAUUUCUACUCAUCAACCACAAGUUGAGCAAAUUCAAACGCAAUGGCGAGUAUAGAACGACAGGCAAGCGCGUGAUGAUAGUACGCAAAAUAAAUUCAGUUUCUGAAAUUCCACUGACGGCCAUGCCAACUGGCGCACCGAAUGCUGAGUUGAUGGCAGAGGAGCCAACUGUGGAGAUCUUGCAAAAUUUGCUGAUGAUAUAUUCCUGCAUUAGUGAUGGCAUCGAUUUGUUGCUACGCAUCUUCGCAUUGCAUCUGCUCUGUAUCACCGCCGUGUCGUUGGUUGUCAUCACCGUGCAAAGUUAUAAUUUAUUCAUAUUGAUGAGCCACGCCUUGGUGCUGCCCACGCAUCACGUGUCCUUCAUUAUCGCUUGGAUUGUGGUACAAGUCAUGGCGAUUGCAGUGAAUGUACGAAUAUGCAGCAGCACGUCAAGAACGAUGGACGCCACUGUUUCGCUGCUGCAUAAAUUACGAUUUUGCUCAAAUGAGGCGCCAAAUGCCUGCGUCUUCUAUCAAAUUCUGCAACUUUUCUCCAUGGAAGUUUUGCAAAGGAAACGGAACUUUAAUGCCGCUGGCUUCUUCGACAUGGACUAUAAGCUGAUCACAUCGAUAUUCGCAUCGGUUACCACAUAUCUGGUGAUAAUAAUUCAGUUCCAUCUAACCAACAUUCCGGAUUGCCAUUUUAAAAAUCAUUAA